AAAUUCGCAGAGAGAGAGAGAGAUAGAUCUGAGUAGUAGUGGUGGUGGCAUUAAUAAUGGCGUAAGUAGGAAGAAGGAACCUAGCCGUUAGAUCUUCUCAAUCGCCUGAAAUUUCCUUCGCUCUCUGUCUCUCUCCGUCCCAUUGCUCCCUUCGUUCCCCUCUCUGUCUCUCUCUCCCUCUAUCUGUCUUUUCAGGGUCGGGUUGGUGAGAAAAAUCCAGCGGCUUACCGGAUCUUUCUACUGGUAUUUUUUGUGUUCUUCACGAGGGUUAUCGAACAAUUGAUAGAGAAUUUAAAGAGGGAAAAGGUGAAAAAGGCGUGUGUUUUAUUUCGUAAAGGCUCCAGCUUUUUUUGUUGAACAGCUUGUGAAGGCUGUUGCUUUUUUGUUUUAUUGGAAUUUGGGUUUUCUCUUUUAUCUUCUGAGGAGGAAAAAGGAAGGAAAAUUUCUUGAAUUUGAUUCAAAUUUGAGCUCAUAUGGUGAGUUUUUAGGGUUUUGUUUGGUGAUUCUUGGAAGAAUCUGAUUCCUUUUCUCUAUUAGGGUUCGACUAGUAAAGUAGAAAGGUCUUUGUUUUGGGAGCUUAGUGAGUUUUGGGAAAUAAUGGAAGACUACUCCAAGUAUACUCAUAGUCCUGCUCAUUUGGCGGUUGUGCUUCGUGAUCAUGCGGCUCUUAGGCGAAUUGUAUCCGAUCUUCCUCGGUUAGCUAAGGCUGGUGAAGUUUCUACAGAGGCUGAGUCGAUGGAGUCUGAGUCUCGUGCUGAUUCUGUUUCAGCUGUUAUUGAUCGGCGUGAUGUUCCUGGUCGUGAAACUCCACUGCAUCUCGCUGUUCGUCUUAGAGAUCCAGUCUCUGCUGAGAUUUUGAUGUCUGCUGGUGCCGAUUGGAGUCUACAGAACGAGAAUGGUUGGAGUGCGUUACAAGAAGCCGUUUGUACUAGAGAAGAAGCAAUCGCCAUGAUCAUUGCUCGGCAUUACCAGCCUCUUGCUUGGGCUAAAUGGUGUAGGAGACUUCCUCGGAUCAUUGCAUCGGCAUCCCGAAUCCGUGAUUUUUACAUGGAGAUCACGUUUCAUUUUGAGAGCUCAGUGAUUCCGUUUAUUGGCCGCAUUGCUCCUUCAGAUACUUACAGGAUAUGGAAACGUGGUUCGAAUCUCCGUGCUGAUAUGACCCUUGCCGGUUUUGAUGGAUUUAAAAUCCAGCGGUCAGAUCAAACAUUUCUCUUUCUAGGGGAUGGUUAUUCGUCUGAAGACGGUAAAAUGUCCCUUUCUCCGGGCUCGUUGAUUGUUCUUUCACAUAAGGAAAAAGAAAUGACAAAUGCUUUGGAAGGAGCUGGUGCCCAACCGACAGAUGCUGAGGUUGCUCAUGAAGUGGCUUUGAUGUCUCAGACUAAUAUGUAUAGACCUGGAAUCGAUGUAACUCAAGCUGAGCUAGUUUCUCAUUUGAAUUGGAGACGGCAAGAGAGAACCGAGAUGGUUGGGAAUUGGAAAGCUAAAGUUUAUGAUAUGCUACAUGUGAUGGUGAGUGUGAAAUCAAGACGGGUUCCUGGUGCAAUGACUGAUGAGGAGCUCUUUGCAGUUGAUGAAGAGCGAACUGCUGCAACAAACGGUGCAGAAACUGAUGGCUUCGAUGACGUAUUAACGCCUGAGGAAAGACUCCAACUGAAUUCUGCGCUUCGGACUGGAAAUUCUGAUGCCAUUGAAGAUGAAGAGUGUGAAGUUACUGAUCACCAGGAAAACGGAGCUCCCAAGGAUAAGAAGGGCUGGUUUGGUUGGAAUAAGAAAGGCUUAAACGCUGAAGAUACUAAGCUCAAGAAAGGCUCAAAGUCUGCGCCAGAAGACGGGAAUCAAAAAGGGAAAAGCCAGAGAUCUUCAAUGGUAUCUGAUCAUACAAAUGAGGAUCUUGGAGACACGAAGAAAGGAAAGGAUAAGAAGAAGAAGAAGAAAGGUGUUGCCGGAGAUGAGGUUAAGCGUGAGAGUGAAUACAAGAAAGGACUAAGACCGGUCUUGUGGUUAACACCGGAUUUUCCUCUUACGACAGACGAGCUUUUACCACUCCUUGACAUAUUAGCUAACAAAGUUAAAGCCGUUAGGAGACUCAGAGAGCUUCUCACAACUAAACUUCCACUAGGCACAUUCCCUGUAAAGCUCGCCAUUCCCAUUAUUCCGACCGUCCGAGUUGUUGUUACUUUCACAAAAUUUGAAGAGCUUCAGGCGGCUGAGGAGGAGUUCUCAACACCUCCUUCUAGUCCGGUAUUCCAUGAUGCAAAGUCUUCUUCUUCAGAGAACUCAUCACCAUCAUGGAUCUCAUGGAUGAGAAGUGGCAAAUCAAGCGACAAUGAUAGUAACCGUUACAAAGACGAGGUUGACCCGUUCUUGAUACCUUCAGAUUACACAUGGGUCGAUUCGGCUGAGAAGAAACGUCGAAUGAAAGCAAAGAAAGCUAAGAGCAAGAGAAAGAAACAGGCGGCUACAAAAGCCGCUGCUGCUAGUGACUCAAGUACCCGUUCAAAUCAAGUAGCCGAAGAAUGAUGAGUCCCAAGUAACAGAAUCAUUGCAUUCUUCAGGUUUUUCUUUGGCUGGACUCAGCCAUCAUUUUGGCCUUGAGAAAAGGCUUUUGGUAGUGUUGUUUAUUGCUCUUGUAAUGUCAUGUUAUUUCUGAAAUUCCCUUAACAAAACAUCUUUGUUCUCUCUUAAUGAUUAAUCCUCCUUUUCUUUUUCGGUUC